AAUUCUUUACACUUUGACUUUUAUUUUUUUCUUUUUUUUUUGAUCACAUCAAAUUUAACGUCUGCUCUGUUUAGCAUCGACACAUUAAAAGCUGCUUCUGUAAUACAUAACAGAAUGGAUACCGAUUACGUACCAGAAGAUGACGAUAUUAAUAAUAAUGAAGAUGAUGAUGUGGAAUUUCAAGAGCAAGAUGAAGAUGAUGAAUCUUGGAGCGACAGUUCUAGUGUAGAGAAAAAUAAACGAAAAUCUAGUUCGAAAAAGACAAAAACAAACAAGUCAACCUCAAUUAAAUCAUCAUCAUCAACAUCAACAGGCCAAAAUCAUCGUAAAAAUUCGAAAAAAAUGUCCACUUCAUCGAUCAAUCCUGAAUAUAUUGCCGAUAUUAAACAAACAUUUGAACGUUUCGAUACGGAAAACAAAGGACAAUUUGAAAUUAAACAACUAAAAUUUGCUAUGCGUGCAUUAGGAUUUGAGCCGAAAAAAGAAGAAGUAAAACGUAUAUCUGAAGAAUAUAAUAAAGAUGGUUUCAUACUUUACAAUGAUUUUGAACAAUUAAUGAUCAAAAGAAUAACGGAAAAAACUGUCAACGAUGAAAUAAUGAAAGCUUUUCAAUUGUUUGAUACAAAUCAAACCGGAAAAAUUACAUUCGAAGAUUUGAAACGUGUGGCCGAAGAAUUGGGUGAAAAAAUUACCGACGAUGAACUAAUGGAAAUGAUACAGGAAGCUGAUCUGGAUGGUGAUAAAGCUGUUGAUUGUCAAGAAUUUCUUCGUAUAAUGAAAAAAACAUUUCUUUAUUGAUCUCUAAUUGUUUCUGUUUUUUUUUAAAUUUCAUUAAAUUCGAUCAGUAUUUCAAUAAACAAUUGUUUGUGUUUA